AUGACGGAUCCCUUGAAGACCUUCGAUACCGCAUCUCCCUCGAAAUCGUCCAAUUCACCUUCCGUUUCUCAGAAGAAAUACCCAAUUGCUGGAAUUCUCACCACGGUCUUCGGCCUCGAUGAAAUCCCGUCUCACGCUUCCGAGAUUGCUUGUCUCUGGCUCCUGCACCCAAGGUUGGCGACCCAGGAGCGAAUGACGGGUUUCGCAACGGCCGUUAUUGCGGAUUGGAAUCACAGGAUUAAAGAUGGUCGUGCCGGUCCGAUUAAGGGUCUGAUUGCUGUCUCAUUCGAUCAAAGAAACCAUGGCACAAGAUUGGUCGAUCCCCUCGCCAAUGAGGCGUGGAGAGAAGGAAACCCUCGACAUGCGCAGGAUAUGUUUUCCAUUUUCCAGGGAACCGCGCGCGACGUGUCAUUACUGAUGGACUAUCUCCCGGCCUACGUGUUUCCCCAAGGCGAACGCACGAUCUCCAAACAUAUGGUGCUGGGAGUAUCCCUAGGGGGCCAUGCAGCGUGGAGCUGUCUCCUUCAUGAACCCCGUGUGAGCGCCGGCGUGGUCAUCAUCGGCUGUCCCGACUAUGUAAAUCUUAUGCGACCCCCGGGGUCUCGGAUUCUAGGCUCUGAAGCAUUUCCCUCCUCUCUCCUGGAGACUAUCUCUAAACUUGACCCAGCGAGCAUUUUUCUGAGAUAUGUCAAUCCUAAUUCGGACGCUGGGCCCCUUCGAAACCAUCCUCUGCCUGAGCCGACUGAAAAUGAAAAACAAGCUCUGCUGCCGGUGCUUAGGCGCUGUCUGGCUGGCAAGAAGAUUCUCAACCUAUCCGGGGGCGCGGAUAAACUGGUUCCCUACCACCGUGGGGAAGUUUUCCUGACUUGGUUGAAGAAGGCUAUUGCUCCAGAUGGUUGGUUUGCAGAUGGUGCUGUUACAUUCGAAGACAUCAUUGAUGAGAAAGCUGGCCACGAGGUCACCCCGAAAAUGGUGGACGAAGCUGUCCGGUUCAUAAGUGAGACGCUUGCCUCCAGUGAUGAGGCCCAAAAGAGUUCGUACGUCCGCGAAUCCAAAAUAUAAACCAUUAGAGCAAUCAAAUAUGAUUAUUCCUACAUUCCCCAAAUCGACUCAAAAUUAUACUGUAAGGGAAAG